AUGGCAAUCAAAUCUUGUGACAGUUAUGCACUUCUUGAAGCGAUUCAAUAUGCAUAUUGGUACGCGUGGUAUCGUAUCCUCACUGUGGUAGAGAUUCUGUGCGCGCGUGUCGACAUGGAUGCAAUUAAUUUAAGUAAGGGUCGUGGUGUGUGUGAGAUGGGUGAGGGCUAG